AUGGACCAGUCGUACCAUGGCGGCGCCGCCACCGGUGGAAGCGCCGACUUCAAUGGCCAAAUGUGGGUGAGAGGGACUCAGGUCAUGUGUGUUCGUCAUUCCGCGUCUUUCGGGGCUUGUCUCGUCUUGCGUUUGUUGCUGAUCCGUGUUUCGUGGGGGCUUGGUCGGGGAUUUGGGUGUGAGGUUUUGGUUCGGACCGAUGCGCCGCUGUCGGAUGAUACGAGGCCUCGAGCGGGCUUGCCGGCAGCAGAUGCUACUAAAUUCUUGUGGGAUUGCCUCAAUCAAGAUGACGAUGAGCUGCUGGGAUUGCUUGGAAAUCGAACCCCGCUGAGAGACUGCUGUGAUUUCUUCGCCGACCUUGGUGACAUCACCUGCAAGGAGACCCUGGACCUGGAGGAAUCUCGGGAAUCAAAGCGACGGCGCACAUUGGAGUACCCUUCAGAGUCUAGUCAGUCAGAACUUGGAAGUCAUGAAACUGGUUCUCCUUUUGUCACAUCUGAGGUAGCAGAGGUUUCACUGCUCUGCACUGAUGAACCACAGAGCUUAAAUGGUGAUAUGGAGUACACUUCAAAUAAUUUAGUACCAUGCGAGCAAGAAGAUAACCAUUUGCAACAUUGCUCUUAUGGAACCCCAGUGUACAUCGAGCCUGAUCAAGUGCCUUAUAGCUGGGAGAGCAUUGCAUAUAGUGAUGAUCAAGCUGGUAUUUCAGGAACAAGCGAGAUUGCACCGAUGACAGAAAGUUCCAUAAUGCAGGAAACUAGGAAGCUUUCUACGCUCAAAGUCUCUAAAGGCGCGUCAACAGUUAAGGUGAAGCUAAACUUAACUACAUCAGUAACAUACCCUUUUAAUCUCAUCAAACCGUCUUGGGAGGAAGGUGAUGUUACUCUUCAGGAUAUAAACAAGCGAAUCCAUGCUCCCCCAAAGAAGGCCCCGGAGAUCCUGGGAACUUCAGCUUUCUCUGGCAAGCCAGUGAUCGGCAAGACAAGAAUCCGAACAGAAGGGGGGAGAGGCAGCAUCACAAUUCUAAGAACAAAGGGCUGA